GAAAGAUGAUAAAUUUAACAUGAAGUAAAAAUCAUUUUAAUUUUAUAUUUUAUUAAAUAAGUAAAUAAAAUCAAAUAUCUAUAAAUAAAGUUAUAUUUUACAAUUCGUAUUAAAAUUAAAAUACUGGAUGGCAACACUUCAUCGAAAACAGUUUUCAUUUUGUAGCGAAAUUAGGUUCGAUGGAAUGUUGAUAAUAUUUCGCCAUAAGUUGAAUCAUUUAAACAGGGUGACGUUAUCAUCAUUAAAAUUAAGAUUUCGAACGACCAAAAAGGAUAAUGUGAAAGUAAAGGGACGUUUCUUGCAUAUAUAACUCCAAUAAAUAUAGUUAAAAAAAAUGGAAAAUUCCCAAAGCAAGAAGGAAGAAAGCGAAUUGGAAGAAGGUGAAAUAAGUGAAGAUCAAGAUGAGAAAUGUAAAAAUUCUCCUCUAUCUGCCGUUAAUGAUCAAGGAGAUUCUUCAAAUAAAAAGGUCGAAUCGAAUUCAUUUGUAAAUAAACCACCUUUUGGACCAAAAAGACCUCAAUAUUUAUUAAAACAAGGUUAUCGCAAUAGAAAUCAGUUCUUUGGAUUUAAAAAUGUACCCAGUUUUUAUGGUUCAAGAGAUUCUUGUAGUAGGUUUAAUACUGCGACUGGUAACUUACAGCCUGUUAUUAGACGUCCUUACUUUGCCAAUAACAGGAUUAGAUUUAAACAAAUGCCUAGAAAUUAUCCCUCGAUACCUUACUUAAAUAAGAGAAGAUUGCCAAAAUUUUGUGACACACAUGGACAUGCUAGUAAUGCAAAAAUGAAAAACUUUUCUCAAAAUGAUCAGACAGAUGUGAGUUUUGAAGAAUUAUUAGAACAAUACAGGCAAAUUAAAUUCCUUUUAAAGGAUUUGAAUGAGGAAGAGGAAAAACGAUUAGAUGAAAAUAAAGUAGACGAAAAAUACUUCAAAUAUACAGAUGGAGAAAGUGGUAACAAAGAAAAUCGUCAUAAAAGAAAGUUAUCAGUCUCAAGCAAAAGAUGUAAACAGUCAGUUGAUCAUUCUGUGGAUAAAGGCAAACCAAUAAAAAGAAGAUACAGUGAAUCUUCUGAAAAAUAUGCUGUUUCCUGCGAGAAUCAAAGCAAUAUAAAAAAAUUAAGUGACAAAGAAACCAACCAAGAAAUGUGUAUUAAAGAAAAUAAUGAGGAAGUGAGUUUUGUUUAA